AUGCAAGAGCUAGCUUGGGAGAACAUGUUGGAAAUGUUGACUGACCACAAUUAUGCUGCGAGAAAAUAUGAAGCAUAUAAAAACCAACGAGAAAGUGUGAAGCACAUAUUUACUCAGCAUUCUUCUCAUGCAGAGGUUGCUUAUCGUACUCGAUUGACAGCAGUAUUGGAUGUUAUUCGAUUCUUACUCAAACAAGGAUUAGCUUUUCGAGGACAUGAUGAGUCGAAUGAUUCAUUGAGUAGAGGCAACUUUCUUGAGUUACUCCAAAGGGAUUGUGAGCAUAAUGAAGAGAUUGCAAAGGUGUUAAAUAUUAAUACUCCAGGAAACAAUCAGAUGACUGCUCCAAGUAUUCAAAAAGAAAUAGUGAAUGCUUGUGCAGAAGAAGUGAGAACUACUAUUAUUAAGAAUAUUGGAGAUCGUUUUUUCACACUCAUGGUUGACGAAUCCCGCAAUAACUCUGUGAAAGAACAAAUGGCUAUUAUGGUGAGAUAUGUUGACGAUCAUGGAGAAAUCCUUGAGAGGUUUCUUUCAAUUGAGCAUGUAGCAGAUACUUCAUCACAUACUUUAAAGGAAGCUAUUGACAAGUUUUUUUCCAAGUAUGGACUAUCAAUAUCUAGACUGCGAGGAUAA